AUAAAAUGCUUCUCCGACAUCAUCUAUAAAUCAUUCAAAUCUGGAAAUUUUCUCCCUAACCCUUUGUUAAUUUAGUUCAUCGGAAUAUUCUGACCGGCGAUUUUCCGGCAAGAUGAGGCAAAGGAUAGUUCUGAAGGUGGCGAUGACUGAUAGCCCUAAAUCCAGAUCCAAGGCUAUGAAAAUUGCGUCAGGAACAUCUGGCGUGAGAUCAGUGUCGAUUCAAGGAGAAAACGAUCAACUGGUGGUGUUGGGGGAAGAGAUCGACACUGUGGAGCUGACACGAGAGCUGAGGAAGAAAGUCGGCCAUGCCAAGAUCGUGACCGUACAGGCGGCGCCUCCGCCUCCGCUACAGCAGAACGAGCCGCCGAGGAGAUGCCAUUGCGAGAUUCCGAACUCGGGUUUCUGCGAAUUCUGCCGGAAUCUCAGAAGUCAAGCCCUUUAUUACACUCUUCCUCCUCCUCCUCCUCCGCCCUACUACGGUGUUUGUCGCGACACCUACAGUGAUGGUUGCUCUGUCAUGUGAAUUCUAUAGUCUUGCUCUUGUCUCUGUGUAAAUCAUUUGGCAAUGUAAAUAUAUUUUUUUUCUUUUUGCUGGUUGGCUCUGUAAAUAUUGCUCGCAUUCGAUUCAUUCAAGAUUUGUAACGAAUG